AUGGCGUUGCCCCAGGGAGAAAAUAAGCCUGCUGGAGCAACAGGCGUUAUUGAAGAUGUAGAGCUUUCAGGUGCUCAAGGGAGCGUUAGCGACGAGAAAUGGCCUUGCUCCUCCCAAGAGCAUAGGCCAGAGGUUGAAAAAAAACUUGUACGGCGUCAAGACUGGAUAAUAAUGCCCCAGUUUGCAGUACUGUAUUUGCUGGCAUACCUCGACAGGAUAAACUUAGGAAAUGCAAAGCUCCAAGGAGUAGUAGAAGAGGCGUUGAAUGGAAACGACUCCAACUUCUCCUGGGCAGCUAGCAUAUUCUAUUUUGGAUACAUUAUAUUCGCAAUACCUCUCACCCUUUGGGGGAAACGGUUCUAUCCUUCGAGAUUUAUCUUCGUCUCGGUCAUUGGAUGGGGCAUAGCUGCUACCGCGGGAGCUGGGGCAUUCAAUUUUGCUGGCCUUGCUACAUCUCGAUUCUUCAUUGGCCUUUUCGAGGCUGCCUUUGCUCCCACGGCAGUGUUUCAUCUGACCCUGUGGUACACUCGCAGCGAACUUGCAUUCAGAACUUGCCUGUUCGUUGGCAUGUCAGCUUUCUCCGGCGCAUUUGGUGGGCUGGUAGCAUAUGGAAUAUCCCUCAUCCAUACCACUAUUGGCCACUGGCGGGUUCUCUUCCUUGUCGAGGGCUUGCCAACGAUCGCUUUCGCAUUCGUAGUCCUGUUCUUUUUGCCUGACAGGCCAGAGACUUCGAAAUUUUUUAGAAAUGAGGAAGAGAGGCAGAUUGCCAUUCGCCGAAUGAACCAAGGGCAACAGAGUGAAGGCCACAAUUCCCUGGUCAUGAAGCAUGUUAUCGCCAGCCUUAAGGACUGGAAGGUAUAUGGUGUUUGCAUUGUCAAAAUGGGACACGAUGCAUCUUUGGCAACGAUCUCCAUCUUUCUACCAACUAUCCUUCACUCCCUCGGGUAUUCAAAGACUGCAGCACAGUACAUGACUAUCGGCCCGUAUAUGGCUGGCUGGGUGGUAAUGGUCAGUUUCAGUCUCUUAUCAGACAGGCUGCGAACAAGAGGUCCAUUUAUUAUCGGAGGGACCGCUUUGGCCAUCAUUGGAGUGUCCCUGAUGUAUACGUUCCCAGCGAAAGAAAACCCCAAAGCUGCUCUAGGCGGUGUAUUCCUACUUGUCAUUGGCAUCUUUCCGUGUAUACCGCUGGAAGUGCAAUGGGUGUCGGAUAACGCUGGUGCAGAGUCGAAGAAAGCAAUGGCACUCUGCAUGAUUGUGAUUGCGGGCCAUUGCUUAAGCAUUCUUGCUAGCAAAAGCUUUCCUGAGCACGAAGGCCCAAGGUAUAUCCGAGGGUAUGCUAUUGUCCUCUCAUUUCUGUGUCUGAGCUUCGUGACGUCCGUUAUUUUGUACACUCGACACCGGAUCAUUAAUGCGCAAAGGAACAAGAAGUAUGGCAAGCCAAAUCCUCUGGAUAAAGUGGACACUUCUAUACUGGCAGACAAGGCUCCUAUGUUUAGGUAUAUCCCAUAG